GUCUUUGUCCAGCUCAAAGGUAGUAGAAGGUGGUGCCGAUGCAGCUGUCUUUUCCCCAACAGAAACGCUUCCAGAUCAAGCUAUGGGACGCGGUGGGAAACGCAGCUGGCACUCCGGUGAUCGCCGAGAAGCAAAACGAAACCGCAGAAACGCGGUUUACAACGGCGAAGGUCGUCCGGCCGACUUGGUUGUUGGCGAAAAAAAGCCCAAACGCAAAGUCGCGUGCCUUGUCGGCUACUGUGGUACAGGAUACCAUGGAAUGCAGUUGAAUCCACCGAACAAGACAAUUGAGGGUGACCUCUUUGAGGCGUUCGUAAAGGUGGGAGCAGUCUCGUCAUAUAACGCAGACGAUCCCAAGAAAGUUGCUUUAGCGCGUGCUGCACGGACAGACAAGGGCGUUCAUGCAGCAGGAAAUGUGAUCACAUUAAAGCUCAUUUUGGAAGACGAAAACUUGAUCCAAAAAGUGAAUGAGGUUCUUCCACCGACGAUUCGCGUUUGGGACGUUAUUCGGACCAUCAACUCGUUCAACCCUCGUACAUACUGUGAGUCUCGUAUUUACGAGUACUUGCUUCCUUCGUAUGCAUUUGCACCCCCAAAGCCCACGUCGAAUCUCGGAAAGUUAAUCAUUGACAAUGCUGUGUCCAAGGGCGACAAACUGCCUGAAGGAGAUGCGGCGGAGGAAGACAUCGACAAUCUUUCUCGUCGUUUGUUCUUUGAAGAAGGCAAACAGUUGUGGGACGAAUUCGACAAAACGUUGUCUAAACUCAAGGACGAUUUCAACGCGGACCCUGCAUCGUUCAAGGAUCCUUAUCGCGAAUCGCUCAAUGAAGCUGAUGCUUUGUACGACAUUCCUCAAGACACCAAGUUGUCACGCGUACUGAAACACGCAGAAAUUCACGAACUGCGCAAAUACCGCAUCACUCCUGAACGUCUUCGUGUUGCUCGUGAAGCCUUUAAGCGUUUCGAAGGUGUACACAAUUUCCACAACUUUACUGUGGGUCAAUCGUUCCAUGAUCGCAGUAGCAACAGAGUCAUUAAAUCGUUUACGGUCUCGGAUCCGAUUAUCAUUGAGGGCACCGAGUGGCUCUCGUUAAAGGUGCAUGGACAAUCGUUCAUGUUGCAUCAAAUCAGAAAAAUGGUGGCUUUGAUUAUGCUCGUGGUGCGUACAGGAUGUCCUUUGGGCCGGAUUGGCGAGACGUUCAGAAAACCUCGCGUCAAUAUCCCCCGUGGACCUGGAUUGGGCUUAUUGUUGGAGAGCCCAUUCUUCCAAGGUUACAACGAGCACAAGGCCGCUGAGAACAACCGGCCUCCCAUCGACUUUACCAAGUACGACGAGACGAUUGAAGCAUUCAAAAAGGAGUAUAUUUACAGCCACAUCUUCAAGGAAGAAGCAGCCAGUCAAGUAUUCCAUGGAUUCUUGACGUUUAUUGACUCAUACAUUGGCGAUACUUUUGCUUACCUGUCUGAUCGAGGCAUUGAAACUGCCGACAAGACGGAGGCCGAGGAACUUCCCAAGUUGCCUAAGGAAAUCUCCAGCGAAGAUGAAGAUGAUGAACAGGCUGCCGCGGGAAACAAAGCGGAACUGGAGGGUUAACAAAAAGAGAGGAUUGAGCCGCGUGUUGGCAUGCAACAAGUCUUCGGCGUUCCUCCAUGACCAAACCACUUUUUGUAUAGUUGAAAAGGGAUUCAUAACGGGAUUCAUGCUAGUAAUAGAUAAAACACAGGUUCACGGAGAA